AUGGCAGACCUCAACUGCCACAUAACCACCUUCAACGCCGGUCGCACUCCCAUCGACAUCAACUACUUCGCGUCCUCUCUCUACACCAGCCUCAAACAAAGCACCCUACCACCCGACCUCAUCGUCCUCGCGCUCCAAGAGCUCGCCCCAAUAGGCUACAGUUUCCUCGGCGGAUCUCUUCUCACGCCAUAUUUCUCGAGAUUUGCAGAAGCUGUCUACAAAGCGGCGGCAUGGAGACUUGGGAAAGAUGCAGAUUACGAGCACGUGCUCACGAGGAAUGCUGGGAUGACGGGGAUUAUGGUGUUUGCGAGGAGGGAGCUGAAGCAGAGGAUACAGUGGAUUGAGGAGGCGGGGACUGGAGUUGGUUUGUGGGAUAUGGGAAACAAGGGAGCUGUUGGGGUACGGCUGGGAUUGGACAAGACGCCUGUGACGUUUGUGGCCGCGCAUCUCGCGCCCAUUGAGGCAGGCUGCGAGCGGAGAAACGAAGAUUGGAGACGGAUAUGCGAGAACCUCGUCUUCGAGCCUAUCAACGAGAACCCAACAUCCACUGAUUCAGAACGGCAACCCCUCCUUUCAAACAACCCACCCCAAUCUUCGGCACCCCACGACCUCUUCACACCACCUUCCUACAUCUUCUUCGCCGGCGACCUCAACUACCGCACCUCAGACACCCAACCCGACCCCGCAGACUUCACCUCCUGGCCUCAGCCAAUGGCCUCUCCCUCAGAUCCAACGCACUGGAGCAAACUCCUCGCCUCCGACCAACUAACCCGCGAGAUCAACUCAGGCAAAACCCUCCACCAUCUUGCCGAAGCGCAAAUAACCUUCCCACCAACAUACAAAUACUCGUCGCGCGCACAGAAACUCGCUGGGGAAGCAGCGGAGACACACAAAUCGAAAGCCUCCAACGAUUCCGACGACGAAACCCCAGCCAUCGACCUAACCCAAAUCCAAGAACAAGUCUGGCUCUGGGCGAAACAUCGCAUCCCCUCUUGGUGUGACAGGAUCCUGUACCUCAACACCGCGCCAUCAACCAUCCACUCGUACACGGCCCUCCCCAUCCAACCAACCAGCGAUCAUCGACCCGUCGUACUCUCAUGUUCCAUCCCACAACGACCCCUCCACGAAUCCCAAGUAAUCCAAUACCCACGCUACGAGCUCGACGACGGAUGGAAGGAAAGGAGAAUCUUAGCGAGAAGAUUGGAAGUCGCAAUCGGAGUAGGCGCAUACCUCGGAUUCACAGGACAGGGACAGAUCCUCCUCGGUGGAACAGUUGUCGGAAUUGUGGUGGGGUAUUUGGUCUUGCAGUAUUUGGUUGGUGGUUGA